AGUGGCCCGGUCUAAGCUUCGCCUCCUCCACCAUGUCGCUGCUCCGGUCACUCCUGUCCCUGGUGGUCUGGGCCACGCCCCUCUGGGCGGCGGAUUGGCCGUGCCCGGAAGACGGUGAUAUUUAUCCCUGCAUAUGCACCGCUUCCGCAAGUUAUGAAAUAACCAUGGACUGCUCCAACGUCGACAGCAGUGAAAGUCUGAGAAAAAUAUUCGAGACGCCGUUCGCCUUCAAUGACUUUGAGCGACUCAUCAUCGAUCCCUUAAGCCCUGUCAGUACCCUGAACGAUCUGCCUGCUGGAGUGUUCGGUCCAGUGAGCUUCGAGAAGAUUGACAUCACCAACACGUUGAUCGAGACGGUGGAGGAAGAGGCGAUCGUCAACUCCCACAACACGCUGGUGCGCCUUAACAUGAGAGGAAACAAGAUCAGAGAGUUCCCCUUCGAGACGCUGGACCUGUACGUGGAGCUGAUAGAGCUCGACUUGGCGAACAACCAAAUUUCGGGGGUCAUGCCGGACAUAGUGACGGAAGCUCUCACCACCCUGGACUUAUCCGGCAACACGGGCAUCACUCUCACCGAGACGGUCUUCGAAGGCUCUGACAAGCUGCAGGUGCUUCGCCUCAACAACAUGGCUCUGGGCGACACGACGCCUCCCAACGUGUUCUACAAGCUCAGUAACCUGAGGACACUGUACCUGCAGAACAACGGCAUCCCGGGGACCCUCAUCGAGGACUUCAUCAACACGCAGCUUCAGCCGCUCACCGCCGUGUACUUAGACGGGAACUCCCUCUCCCAGAUCCACCCGCUUUCCGUAACGGGACUGAGCGACAACGGGAUCAUCUCCUUCACCAACAACCAGAUCCAGCAGUUGACGCAGGAGAAUUGGGAAGGACUCGUGUCUCGGCUCACCCUUUACGAAGCCAUCGACAUGAGACACAACCCGCUGGUGUGUGGCUGUGACGUGUAUUGGCUGCUUCUAGACUCGUCAGCCAUGAGGGUCUUCAACAGUCUGACCACGUGUAGCGGGGGGAACCUGAUGACGGACCUUCCCAAGCCGUGGUUCGACGAACACUGCACUACCCUGUAGUUUCUAAUACAUUUAAACGUGUC